AUGGCACCGUCGCGAGAGACUACGUCCGUCAUCGUUGCUGGUGGUGGCGGGACGAUAGGGUCGUCGACAGCCCUACAUCUCGUACGCUCAGGAUACAAACCUUCAAACAUCACAGUGCUAGACACGUACCCAAUACCAUCGUCACAAUCGGCUGGAAAUGACUUGAACAAGAUCAUGGGCAUCCGCUUGCGGAACAAAGUGGACUUACAGUUGAGUCUGGAGGCGAGACAGAUGUGGAAAGAAGACGAUCUGUUCAAAGAAUAUUUUCACAACACCGGUCGACUUGACUGCGCCCACAGUGAAAAGGGUCUCAAGGACCUCAAGCAAGCUUACCAGGCUCUUCUCGACGCGGGUGCUGGCCUAGAGACGACAACAGAAUGGCUAGAUUCGGAGGACGAGAUCUUGAAGAAGAUCCCACUCCUAGAUCGCGAACAGAUCAAAGGUUGGAAAGCUGUCUAUAGCGAUGACGGCGGCUGGCUUGCUGCAGCAAAGGCCAUCGAUGCCAUUGGUGGGUAUCUGCGCGAUCAAGGCGUCAAAUUCGGCUUCGGUGGAGCAGGAUCCUUCAAGCAGCCUCUUUUGGCUGAAGGUGUGUGCGUUGGUGUUGAAACGGUGGAUGGCACAAGGUAUUACGCUGACAAGGUGGUUCUUGCGGCUGGUGCAUGGAGUCCCGUGCUUGUCGAUCUGCAAGACCAGUGUGUUUCGAAGGCAUGGGUAUAUGCCCACAUUCAACUCUCUCCCAGCGAAGCCGCAGAGUACAAGAACGUCCCUGUAGUCUACAACGGUGACGUGGGCUUCUUCUUCGAGCCUGACGAACACGGCGUCAUCAAAGUCUGCGACGAAUUUCCAGGCUUCACACGCUUCAAGCAACAUCAGCCUUUUGGCGCAUCGGCACCAAAGCGCAUCUCGGUACCUAGAUCUGCUGCGAAGCAUCCCACAGAUACCUAUCCGGAUGCCUCCGAGGUCAGCAUCCGCAAAGCUAUUGCGACGUUCCUGCCAAAGUUCACAGACAAAGAGUUGUUCAACAGACAUCUGUGUUGGUGUACAGACACAGCAGAUGCGGCACUUUUGAUGUGCGAACAUCCUGAUUGGAAGAAUUUCGUGCUUGCUACCGGAGAUAGCGGCCAUACCUUCAAGCUACUUCCAAACAUUGGUAAGCAUGUGGUCGAGUUACUCGAAGGUACACUGGCAGAUGACCUCGCGCAUGCAUGGAGAUGGCGUCCUGGUACUGGUGAUGCGCUGAAGUCAAGAAGGGCGGCUCGUGCGAAGGACCUCGCGGACAUGCCAGGAUGGAACCACGAUGGUGAGGCGCCUAGGUCGAAAUUGUAA